GUGACAGGUUGAAACACUGCACGUUGGUUUCCAAGUCUUGUUUUGCAGCGGUUUUGAUCUGAAGGGGCGUUUCCCAGCGGCACUGUUUUGUUUUUCAUUCCACGGUGUGAUUUCUGUAAAUGAAGUGGCUAAACUGAUCCAAGGGGCCAUUAGGAACGUUUGCAGACUAUAAGAUCAGAGAAAGCUGUCCUAUAUAAACAGCAGGGAGGAAACAAUCCCAUCUGGCAACAAUGAGGUAUUUUCACUUCUGUAAGCUUCCAGGAAGAGUUAUGGGAACCCGCCUACUACGCUUCACUUCCAUGGUGAUCAUUAUCUUACUUCUUGUGGCAGGAGCUUUAACUGCUUUGCUCCCCAGUAUCAAAGAUGACAAAGCACCUAAUUUUAAAAGGGAAUCAAACACCCAAAGUCAGCAUGCAUUAGAUUCAUUUACUCUUAUUAUGCAGACAUAUAACAGAACUGAUUUACUGCUAAAGCUAUUAAAUCAUUAUCAAGCCAUCCCCCAUUUACAUAAAGUAAUUGUUGUGUGGAACAACAUUGGAGAGAAGACACCAGAAGAAAUGUGGAACUCCUUGGGUCCUCACCCCAUUCCUGUUAUUUUUAAAGCUCAGUCUGUAAAUCGCAUGAGGAACAGGCUGCAGAACUUCCCUGAGCUGGAAACACAAGCUGUUUUGAUGAUGGAUGACGAUACGCUCAUCAGUGCUCAUGACCUUGCUUUUGCCUUUUCUGUUUGGCAGCAAUUUCCAGAACAUAUAGUGGGGUUCAUUCCUAGAAAGCACAUUUCUACUCCUUCAGGUGUAUACAGUUAUGGAAGCUUUGAACUGCAGAACCCAGGAUUUGGAAAUGGAGAUCAUUAUUCUAUGGUUCUUAUUGGUGCAGCGUUUUUUCAUUGUAAGUAUUUAGAAGACUUUCAAAAACAACCAGAAGCUGUUUAUACUUUAAUAGACGAAACUCAAAAUUGUGAUGAUAUUGCCAUGAAUUUUCUGGUAGCGAAGCACAUCGGAAAGCCUUCAGGAGUGUUUGUGAAGCCUGUUGAUAUAAGAAAUUUAGAAAAAGACACUAACAGUGGCUAUUCUGGGAUGUGGCACCGAGCAGAGCAUUUGUUACAGAGAUCAUAUUGUGUAAAUAAAUUGGUUAAUAUUUAUGAUGGCAUGCCUUUAAAAUAUUCCAAUAUAAUGAUUUCCCAGUUUGGGUUUCCUAAUUAUGCCAAUCACAAAAGUAAAGUGUAAACCAAUGAAUUUAAAGGGUUAGAUGAUAAUAUUCAGUGAAUUGUACUGUAUGCAAGGAGAGGAAAAAGGAGUAAUUACUGCAUCUUGGCCAUCGUUACUUGUAGCCUCUGAGUUUCUUUCAUAUGGCCUUUUGUUGUUCCCCCUCCCACUCUUUCUAACCAAUCAACAAGGUAAAUUUUUAGAAAGUUUUAAAUACGUUUAUCUUAAUGUUCAUUUGUAAUAAAAUCUUCAUCUUCCCAUAACCUGAAAUGUGUUUACAGCUUGGCUACUUCUUCAGAAACAUGCAGCCAAAAAUGCACCCUUCAGUCUUCGUAACCAGAAGUUUUUUUUAUUAUUGGUGUAACUAGCUAAAUGAAUCUAAGUGUGUUUUUAUUGCACAUUGAGAUGCUUCCUUCCAUUGCUUCCCCUCUCCUUCUCCUCCACACAUUUCCUAGUAUAACUGUAAAAGGGCUACAACAAACUGAGUGGGCGCCUAGAUUCCUGAACAAAAAUCCUUGACAUAUGUCUGUAUGCUCUGUUUUCUGAGAUGCUCUUGAAACUGCUAUAAAGCAAACUAGAAGAAGAGUUCCCCACUUUAAUCUCAGUCCUAUAACCAUUGCCUACAGUAUCUGCUACUGCUGAGGUAGUGGGAAAACAAUCUCUUUGAUACAGCUUUUUCUCUUAUUGAUACUUCACCUAAAGUUGCUGAAACAUUGUAUACAAUUGCAAUGUGGAACUUAGCAGUUGGAAAUGAAAGAACACUUGAAUAAAUAAAAUAUGAAAAUUAUUUAUGCAGUCAAAUGAACAAGAUUGCUUAUCAAUACUGUCUCUAGUGUUUAGUUUUUUUUUUGCUAUAUUGUGUGUUACAAAAUAUGUUGUUACCAAACUGUGCUGGAGUAAAUCUUUAUGUCUAAGAUGUCUUAUUUACAAUUGCUAAUGAGAUUACAUGUCUACUUUUUUGAAACCAGUCUUUCACAUGCAUGAUUACUUGUUGUUUCCUUUUUAUCUCUGUUUUUGGCAGCUGUGACAACAGAAUUAACAUGUGCAAUUAAUGUGUAAAACAGAAAAAUGUGUUUCAAGGUAUAGUGAUAUGUGACAGGGCUGGACUAUUAUCAGUCUCUGAAUUAUGUGGCUCAAUCUGUGGCAACAAACAUCUGCUUUUAAUAACUUCUGUUUUAUUAGGAGCAGUGUUGACAUGGGGGUAAAAAAACUUCACAGAAACUUUUGUGGUAUGGAUGAAAAGCAAACAAGGCAGAGAUUUGUUCUUUGUAUCAGACAGGAAUCAAAUCUGGCAUCUGAUUGAGGUUUUGUCUCACCUUACAUCAGCUUUAACUUAUUUUCAAUACCAGUUCAAAAGUUGGUAAUCAAUAACAGCUCACGUCUACAAUACAAACACCAUCUACACAGAUUGUGUAUGAUUACUUUAUAAUAAGCUACCUGAACAAAAAACAUAUUUGAAAAAUAUGACAUUCUUACACCUGUUUCUGGGUAUGGACUCUUCCUGUUCCUGUCUGGAGAACAGAGAAUUGCUUUACUCUAUUGCUGUUAAAGAAUUUAUGUUCAGUCUUCCUAAUAUCUUCUUUAAGAUUUAAGGGGGGAAAAAAAAGUACACCAACAAAAUCUGUUCAAUUUUGUUGUAAACAGUGUAAAAAGUAAAUUGUAUUUACUGUGCUGUACUGAUAAGUAAAAUCCAAACAGAACUAUGAGGCUUCCAGAAGUGCAGCUUUGCUAGUGGUAGCUUCCUGCAUCUCAUUCAUUUAUUGGCCAAUGUCAUUUCUGUUCUGUACAAUAUUGUCUGUUACAUUUUCACAAUUUUAGCUGUUUUUUUUUUUUAACCUUUUAAAACAUAAAGUGAACUGUCAUCUUGGUGAAAUCCAAGCCCUGGACUUUUUGGUUUUUUUUGAGGGAGAAGGGAUCAUUUGGGGCUUUUUGUUUUGGUUUAUUUUUGUUAUCUGCUUUUUAAGCAGGGAGUUCUUCUGUUUCAGUGAAGGAAUAAAUAGAACAAACUUGUAUUAUUCUGUCAAUUCGUACACUUGUCAAAUAAAAUAUAUAAAUAGA